GAGUGUUCAACGCCAAAUAUUUCACGUAUUAGUGGCGUAUCCUCUAUGGAUCCAAAGUAUAUUCCUGGCGUAAAAAGUGACGGAAUUCCGUUACAUCCACAACCGUCAACUAGUAUCAGUACUUCAGCCGUUUCAACAGCUACAUAUAGAGAUUUCUUUGUACCAUCCGCUGGUACAACCGCAUAUCAACAUCCAAUGCAUA